AUGCCGAAGCCCGGCACGAUUCGAAAGUACGGCAAGCAGCAAGCCAAGCCAAAGGGCGACCGUCUCUUUGCCGAGCUGCCGCAGACGCCGGUGCGGAGGACGCGGCAGUCGAUAGCUGCUGGCGUCUUCCCAGCAGAAGAGGGAGAAGAUGCGGUGGGAAGGCUGGCCAAGGAUCUCUCCGUGGUCAACAUCCACGAUGAGAACACACCACCGCCAGAGGAAACACCAGCAGAGCACAACUCGCCGCUAAGGUCACUACCACAAAAAGCACAACCAUAUAACACACCGCCCCGUUCCGUGACGACCCCGCCCAGGUCACCAUCAAUCAGCCCUUCACAGCAACUCAGAGCUGAUACGGACCACUUCGUCGACCCCGACCCCGAGGACUAUGAAGAGGAGGAAAGCCUACGGGUUCUAUCCUGGGCCGAAGUCUGCCCUCUUGGCGACCGGAUCGUCAAGAUUGCAGAGGCCUCCUACGCCGAGGUGUACCGUGUCACCAACGAGCGUGGCACAAGCAUCAUCAAGGUCAUCCGCAUGGACUCCCCCAUCAAGCCACAGACCAAGCAGCAGCAGAACGCCGGACUCGUCGACGAGCUGUCACACUCAGAGUCAGAUCUAGUGGGCGAGCUCCAGAUCUCGCAGCUGCUUGCCGACAUUCCAGGUUUUGUCAUGUACAAGGAGCGGUACAUAGUGCAGGGCAAGACCAGUCGGCAGCUCCUGGAGACGCACCAGGCUUUUCAGAGGAGGAUCAAGCGCAAGGAUCCGGGACGGCUGCAGUUUUAUCCUUCCCCCAGCAGAUACCUGGACGACACCAAGUUCCUGGUUGUGGAACUUGGGGAUGCCGGUGUCGCGCUCGAGGACUUUGACCUCACAUCAUCAGACCAGUUGUUUGACAUCUUCCUGCACUGCGCCAUUGCGCUGGCACGAGCCGAGGCGCGGGUCGAGUUUGAGCAUCGUGAUCUGCACGAGGGCAACCUGUGCAUACGGCGUAUCGGCGAGCCCGUGCCGCCUGAAGAGCGUGAUCGAUCCACAUGUUUCGGCUUCUCGGGACUGGACAUCACGAUCCUCGACUAUGGACUUUCCCGGGCCUCGAUUUACACCGAUGAAGAGGGCGAACAAGUGGAAGCCAUUGCCUACGACAUGGAAAGAGACCUGUCUCUCUUCCGGAGUGAACACGCUCCGCAGUGUCAGGUCUACCGGCGUAUGCGCUCGUUCCUGCUCCGCGAUGACAGAGCGUGCUUGCCACCAGGCGCCCACUGCACACCGUAUGAGAGCGGUGUCGACGGCCCAAUUGACUGGAGGGUACAUGAGCCGUACACCAAUGUGCUUUGGCUGGCCUAUCUCUUUGAAUACAUGACAGCCAACUUCCGAGGACCAAAGAAAGACCUGACAAUGUUCAAGCGCCUCGUCAAGAACCUCUGGCACCACCUCGACCCGGAUGCUGGGCCCGAAGUGCCCGGGUUCGAGAGCGCGAGCGACAUUGUCCGAUAUGCCGUGGAGUCGGGCUGGGUCGACGAGGACCAGCUGAUGGGUGGCAGGGACGAGAUUGAAAAGUCGAUACUCUCGAUCUUGACGGAAGACCAUGGUGACCGCACGGAUUUAUCCGUCCGGAGGUCUCCCCGGAAGCAGCGGCCGCAUUGA